AUGUCUGCGUCCGAAAUCGAAACAGCCCAGCCAGCCACCGAGCAAGUUCCUUCUCCCGUGGAAGAGACAGAUCCAAACAAGAUCUUUGUGGGCAACUUGCCAUAUAAGGCCACUGACGAGCAGCUCAAGGCUCUGACUCCAGAACUGGAGAUUGUGUCUGUUGAGUUGCCUACCAGAACGGUCGUGAAGAAGGCAGAUCAGACCCAAGUCGAGCUCCAAAAGGGCUACGGAUUCAUCACCUACAAGAGUGUUGAGGAGGCAGCCAAGGCAAUUGAGCUCAUUGGAGGCAAGUCCGUGGAUGGAAGAGAAGUUUAUGCUAGAGCAGCUCUUCCUCCAAGUCUUGCACCAAAGAGGGAGAGAAAGCCUAAGAAGAGCGCACAAGGGUCUGCAGCAUCGAGCGCUAGCGGCAAGCCUAAGAAGAAGAACAAGGCCAAGUCGAAGGCCAAGAGUGCGCCAAAGGAGUCCGAGGAGGCGGUCUCGGAAAAGGAGACCAAGACCGAUUCAACCGAGAGCACGGCCACGACCAAGAGUGAGCCCUCUUCUUCCGAGGUGGCGGAACCAGCCAAAAAGCCCAAGAGAGUUGUUCUGUCCAAGGAGGAGAAGCAGAAGAAGCUUGCGGACGGGGUGCCUUCCAAGACAACUCUGUUCCUGGGCAAUCUGGACAAGACUGUUACCAGUAAAGAUCUGAAGGAAUUGUUCUCCGAGUACGAGCCUGCGUGGGUCAGAGUGCCAAGAAGAGAACUGCCUAAACAUCUUUACCUGAAGCUGAAGGCCAAGAACGUUCAAAUCGACAACAAGGGAGUUGCAUUUGUCAGAUUCAAGUCUGAGGAGGACCAGCAAAAGGCCCUCAAAGAGUUCGAGGACAAGGAGUUCAAGGGCAGAAAACUCAACGUCACCGUGGCAAUUGACUCUGUCGCGGAGGCAACCGAGGAAUCUGUCGAGGAGAAAGAAAAUUAG